AUGAAGCGACCUGUGGAUAUAAACGAGCUGCUGGGUGCUGAGAAGGAAACAAAAUCGCCUUCAGGCGUUAGUAAACCCAUUUUCCUCAGCAAAAAAAAACGCUUAGAAGCUGCUUCACUGACAGGAGGAAAGGCGUCGAGCUCAGGCCAAGAAGAAGAGUUGCUGAAGAGCUUACAGCUCCGAAAAAAGUCCCAGGCUCAGACCUCAAGUGAGGCGAAGGAUAAUGAGACUCUUUCGGGACAUCCUUCAGAGAGUUUGGAGCGGCGAAACCCUCGAAAUAAAUUUCAGUUCGACUGGAAACCUGAUGAUGACACAAUGAAAGGUUUCGAGCCAAUAGUUAGCUCAAGUGCAGCUGGUCGUCGCAAAAAUAAAUCAUCACUAUUUUUGGAAGAUGCCUACAUGGGCAAACAUUGGAGUCAUAAGUCUCUGGGCGAGAUGACAGAUCGUGACUGGAGAAUACUGAGAGAGGAUUUUCACAUCGAAAGUAAAGGAGGCGCUAUCAAGCACCCGAUGCGAGCUUGGAAUGAACAGCAUUUGAUACCGGAUGAAUUGAUAGACAUCAUAGAAAGGAAACUUCGGUAUGUUGAGCCGACUCCUAUACAAAGGAUCACGAUUUCUAACGCUGUCAAAGGACGAGACUUUUUAGGCGUAGCCGCAACUGGGUCAGGUAAGACAUUAGCCUUCCUUAUCCCUUCACUUUGUCAAAUAAGCGACCUCCCGCCGCUAAAUGACAUUACGAAGCUUGAUGGGCCAUUGGUUCUCGUCUUAGUCCCCACGCGUGAAUUAGCGCAGCAGAUAGAGGCUGAGGCGAAUAAGCUAUUGACUUACUGGUCUCGUCCCACGAGAGUUAUAAGCGUAGUUGGUGGUCAUUCGAUAGAGGAGAUAGCCUUUUCCCUCCAAAGUGGUUGCGAUAUUUUGGUUGCAACCCCGGGACGACUCAUUGAUUGUUUAGAGUCUCAUAUGUUGGUUUUAAAACAAGUUCGGACCCUUAUAAUGGAUGAAGCAGACCGCAUGAUCGACCUCGGGUUUGAAGAUCAAGUAACGACAAUCCUAGCUAGAGCUGAAAUGGGUACCAAGCGUCAAACGAUGAUGUUUACAGCGACUAUGUCGAACUCCAUCGAGCGAAUCGCUAAUGGCUACCUGCAUAAGCCUGCGUUCGCACGGGUAGGCUCCCAGGAUUCCAAGAGUCAAAUCAAACAAACUAUCGAUUAUGUCCCUAGUGAAGAACAACGUUUCAAAAGGCUAUCAAGGGAAGUACUGCCAAAUUUCCAACCUCCGAUGAUGAUUUUCAUCAAUUACAAGAGAACUGCUGACUGGUUGGCAGAUAAGUUCGCAUCGGAAACAAGAUUUAAAGUAACGACUUUGCACGGAUCUAAAUCUCAGGAACAAAGAGAGCACUCUUUGAAUUUGCUCCGCAGUGGUAAAGCAGACAUUAUGAUCGCAACGGACGUUGCAGGUAGAGGUAUCGAUAUACCGAACGUGUCUUUGGUGGUUAACUUUCAAAUGUCGAAGUCAUUCGAAAAUUAUAUUCAUCGUAUAGGUAGAACCGGUAGGGCAGGAAAGAGCGGCUGUUCGAUCACUUUUCUCGGCGACGAUGACGACCCAAAGAUUGUAAAUGAGCUGUACAAAUAUGUCAAGACUUCUGAUCCGGAGAAAAUCAACGAAAUCAAAGCAUCUGUUCCUCAGAAAUUUAAACUGGGGCAAAAUCAGAUGAAUGCCAUUCUUUUUUGA